UUGAACUUGAUAUUAGACGAUAAGAUUAAGCCUGGCGGAGUCACAUUUUAACUCACUUCUGAAGGGAAAUGAAGACUUUGUUUGGUUUUGUUUUAGUAGCUUAUUGCAUAGAUAUAACAUUUGGUGCAUGUUACGCUAAACUGGAAGAUGGAGAUCAUUGUACACCUAAAGAUGGCAUUACAAUGCUAGCCGGAAGUGAGCUUCUUAUGCCGAAUGUCUGUGAGAAGUGUACAUGCUCCCGACACUCUGGUUCAUCUUCUUUGUUUUUGUCUUGCUGCGGGUACGGUAAAUAUGCAGGGGUUUUUGCCCCACCACCGGGCUGUGAAGUGAUUACCGGCGAGGACGGAUGCUCAAUCAAAAUUGUUCAAGCCAUAGACCAUUCACAACCAUGUGUGCAUUAAAAGAUAAAUGAAUUAUUUGAAAAGAUCAAA